GGUAAAUGGCUGAGAUCUGGAAAAUUGACCCGAGGGGAGUUUGCAUUUUGAAUUUUAUUUGUUCCGAGUAUCUACUCUACCAUGUCAGACGAGGAAGAAGACGAUUUCGGUGAUGAGAAUCACUUUGGGGAAGAGCUUGAGGAAAUAGAAGAAGAAGAAGAUACAAAAGUUCAAUCUAUGAUGCUACGGACUUAAUUAGAUGUAGCAAGACCGGCGAAAAAGGCCAUGAUGCUGAUGAUGACAAAGUCACCCUGACUGCUCACAGCCGGAAACGAUUUGAAAUCCCUAAAUGUAAAAAGACUGCAAAGCGUACCUGAGAGAAUUCUUGAGCAUUGGAGGAUAAGAGAUGGGAGGGGAGAAUCACUUUAUCCAAGAUCAUCUUUUGCUAUUAAACUGUAAAGGUGAUGUUUUUGCAAAGGAGACAUUGUUUUGUUUACACAAGUAUGAAAAGAUGAAAGCGAGUGAGGAUAUUAUGGGGAGAAGAACUGUCGCUGGCAAGGUUGUUAAAGAAAGCUACGGUACUGCUAAACACCAACACACUUUCACUUCUUUUGGUGCGAGGGGAUGCAGAAAUUGCCUCCGUUGUACCCUUUUACUAGUGAAAGGACGGAAUCUCUAUGGGUUACUGACCUUGAGGCAGCGAUGGGCUAAUGAAGAAGACAGGGUAAAGAUGGUAAGCGUUGUUCUAAUUCGUCUUCUGCUCAACGCCCGGGGCAAGCAUGUGGGUUAUGGUUUUGUUGAAUUUGCUUCUUCUAACCAAGCAAAGAUGGCGCUAGAAAGGAAGAACCGUCAAUCUUUGCAUUGUAGCAAGAUUAUUCUAGAUGAAGCUCCCGAUUUUGUUGAGGAAGCUGCCGUACCAAUAAAGACUCUGUUUAUUGCCUCUUUCCCUCGCUAUUCAACUGAAAUAUCAGAUAUCAUCGACUUCUUCAAAGAUGUUGGACAAGUUGUUCGUGUUCGACUUGAAAUCAACGACAGAGGCAGGUUUGUUGGCUGUGGCUUUGUUGACUUUGCUUCUGCCAACCAGGCAAAUAAGGCCCUGCAAAAUAAGAACGGUGAAUAUUUGCACGAUCGCAAGAUUUUUCUUGCUGAUGGCAGUGGAGCUACUUUCAUUCCACCCAAGUUUUGUAUAGACCACAAGGUUUGGUACGAAGAAGAAGACUACCUUCAAGAAGAAAGCCUUCGGUUAGACUCUAUCCAAGAUGUGGCGGCGAUGGAAGAAGGACCUGACGAAACUCCCCAUUCUGCUAAUAAGGAAGUACUCCUUAUUGCCAAUCUUUCUCCCCAAACAACUAAAACAGAACAGAUCAUCCGUUUCUUCAAAGUUGUUGGGAGUGUUGUUUCUGUUCGCCUUAUUGUAGAUCACGAGUGUAAGCAUGUGGGCUAUGGCUUUGUUGAAUUUGAUUCUUCUUACGAAGCAGAGAAGGCUCUGAAAGAGUUGAAUGGUGAAUAUUUGCAUGAUCACAAGAUUCUGUUGAUGAGAGGACUUGAUGAUGAAACUCCCCAUUCCGUUGAGGAAGCUGCCACUGUAAGAAAUAAGACGCUCUUUGUUUCCGGUCUCUCUCGCCAAACCAAAAUAUCAGAAAUCGUCAAUUUCUUUAAAGAUGUUGGAGAAGUUGUUCAUGUUCGACUUAUUGUAGACCGCUGGGGUAACCUUCAAGGGAAAGGCUUUGUUGAGUUUGCUUCUGCUAACGAGGCAAUGAAGGCGCUGGAAAAGAAAAACGGUGAAUAUUUGAACGGUAGCGAUGUUUUCCUUGCUGUUUUUGAGACACCUCCAUACCACCGACGACCCAAGUAUUUCAUAGAUCACAAGGUUUGGUACCAAGACUACCUUCAACGAGAAAGCCUUGAGAUAAAAGAAGAUGUGGCGGCAGUGGAAAAAGGACUUGAUGAAACCCCCCAUUUUACUGAGGAAAUUGUAAGAAAAAAGACGGUCUUUGUUGACGGACUCUCUUACAACACAAGAAUAUCAGAUAUCAUCAACUUCUUCAAAGAUGUUCGAGAAGAAAUUAUUCGUGUUCGAUUUAUUGUAGACGGCAGGGGUGACCAUGUGGGCUGUUGCUUUGUUGAGAUGGCUACUGCUAACGCAGCGAAGAAGGCGGUGCAGGAGAAUUAUAACACUAGCAAGUUUUUUGUUUACGCUGCUGAGAUAGCUGCUCCAUGUCCUUUCCAACCCAAGUACAAGCUUGCAGACCUUGCCGAGAAACUUUGGUACGAAGAUAGCCUUCGCCAAAAAAGCCUUUGUGGUCAGAAGCUCAAACCCAUUCUGAAUGAAAACAAGGAAGCUGCCGUACCAAUAAGGACUCUGUUUAUUGCCUCUUUAUCUCGCCAUUCAACUCAAAUAUCAGAUAUCAUCGACUUCUUCAAAGAUGUUGGACAAGUUGUUCGUGUUCGACUUGAAAUCAACGACAGAGGCAAGUUUGUUGGCUGUGGCUUUGUUGACUUUGCUUCUGCCAACCAGGCAAAUAAGGCCCUGCAAAAUAAGAACGGUGAAUAUUUGCACGAUCGCAAGAUUUUUCUUGCUGAUGGCAGUGGAGCUACUUUCAUUCCACCCAAGUUUUGUAUAGACCACAAGGUUUGGUACGAAGAAGAAGACUACCUUCAAGAAGAAAGCCUUCGGUUAGACUCUAUCCAAGAUGUGGCGGCGAUGGAAGAAGGACCUGACGAAACUCCCCAUUCUGCUAAUAAGGAAGUACUCCUUAUUGCCAAUCUUUCUCCCCAAACAACUAAAACAGAACAGAUCAUCCGUUUCUUCGAAGUUGUUGGGAGUGUUGUUUCUGUUCGCCUUAUUGUAGACCACGAGUGUAAGCAUGUGGGCUAUGGCUUUGUUGAAUUUGAUUCUUCUUACGAAGCAGAGAAGGCUCUGAAAGAGUUGAAUGGUGAAUAUUUGCAUGAUCACAAGAUUCUGUUGAUGAGAGGACUUGAUGAUGAAACUCCCCAUUCCGUUGAGGAAGCUGCCACUGUAAGAAAUAAGACACUCUUUGUUUCCGGUCUCUCUCGCCAAACCAAAAUAUCAGAAAUCGUCAAUUUCUUUAAAGAUGUUGGAGAAGUUGUUCAUGUUCGACUUAUUGUACGCCGCUGGGGUAACCUUCACGGGAAAGGCUUUGUUGAGUUUGCUUCUGCUAACGAGGCAAUGAAGGCGCUGGAAAAGAAAAACGGUGAAUAUUUGAACGGUAGCGAUGUUUUCCUUGCUUAUUUUGAGACACCUCCAUACCACCGAAGACCCAAGUAUUUCAUAGAUCACAAGGUUUGGUACCAAGACUACCUUCAACGAGAAAGCCUUGAGAUAAAAGAAGAUGUGGCGGCAGUGGAAAAAGGACUUGAUGAAACCCCCCAUUUUACUGAGGAAAUUGUAAGAAAAAAGACGGUCUUUGUUGACGGACUCUCUUACAACACAAGAAUAUCAGAUAUCAUCAACUUCUUCAAAGAUGUUGGAGAAGAAAUUAUUCGUGUUCGACUUAUUGUAGACGGCAGGGGUGACCAUGUGGGCUGUUGCUUUGUUGAGAUGGCUACUGCUAACGCAGCGAAGAAGGUCGUGCAGGAGAAUUAUAAAACUAACAAGUUUUUUGUUUACGCUGCUGAGAUAGCUGCUCCAUAUCCUUUCCAACCCAAGUACAAGCUUGCAGACCUUGCCGAGAAACUUUGGUAUGAAGAUAGCCUUUGCGAAAAAAGCCUUUUUGGUCAGAAGCCCAAACCCAUUCUGAGUAUAAAAAAGGUGAUGGAAUAUCGUUAUUGUAAGAAGACUACCUUCUCUGACGAGGAGUGAAAGAAGAUGAAGAUGCUCUUCUCGGAUUUAUAACUUAUUUUAUAUGUAAUGCAAAGAUUUCUUUCAUCCCUAAAUACUCUGCUUUAGUUCGCCACUGCAAUUGUUUGGUUUCUUUUCUUAGUCGCUUGCAAAUAUUGAAGACCUAAUAUGUAUUUAUUUGGCCUUAAAAACAAAGCGUGAUACCAAAUUUUCAGUUCCCAUUUAAAAAUGACUGUUUUGGUGCA